AUGCUGCGCGUGCAGAACACAUAUGCCGAGAAUAAAGUGCAGACGCGGGUCCAGAGAGUAAGAAGACAAAGAACGGAGCGGAUCGAAAGAGAAAACACCACCAUUCCACGAGCAGUCCACAUCUCUGCCGAGGUGCACAGCUGGAAUCGUUUCUACCGAGAUUAUGCUAUUCACUCGGGCAUCUCGCUCUUCAACGUUCUCCCCAGGUUUUAUACGAGCAGCUCGUCGACAUGUUUCCAGGAAGCUCUCCAGGCCGUGGCCUUAGUUAGCUCGGCUCGCCAGCUUCACCAGUCUGGAUUGAUGGUGCGGGCAAGGCAGCACUAUGGCAAAGCGAUUACGGCACUCAAUGUCGCACUUAACGAUCCUGUCCUAACUGCGGACGAUUCGGUUCUCGUAACUCUGUUUCUGCUUUCACUAUUCGAGAUGAUCAUCCCAGAGUUCUUGAUGAGUGGCCUGAAGGACCCGGUCUUCCGCUGUCAUAUCCACUUUGAAGGGGCACUGCUCUUACUUCGGUGGCGGGCUGAGCGGUCGCGGGAUUCCGAACUAGAUAAAAGCUUUUUAGCGUUCUUCAGUCAUAUCUGUGUGCGUAUCAACCCCCGGGCCACGCACAGCCAACGUUCCACUGACGUCGGUAUUCAGUUGAUGAGUAUGUUCCUCAAUUAUGAGCCCUCCUUCGAUGCGAAAUGGUUAGCUCUGGAAAAGUUUGCGGCUCCGUGGGUAAAAGGACCUCUUUUAGAGCCCAUUCUUGCUCAGACGGUCGAUUUCAAGAGGCGUGCGCACGCUCAGGUCACCAUGAGCCACCGCCCAUCUCGAAUCGAGGUGAUACAACUUAUCAAGGAUGGGACUGCGAUUUGCGAAAAUCUCAAAGCCACAGCAACCAGCGUCAAGUCCUCCUCGAACCCAGAUCUGCCUUCACAUCUACAGCCGACAGCCUUCAAUAACAUGUUCGAGGUCUCCACCAAAACGACUGAGGCCAUUGCAAGGUGUCUAUAUCAAACCGUGAGGUACCAUGUCGUUGAAAUGGUCUCGAGCCUUGUGGCUUUUGUUGAGGACGGUGAGGGAACCCACCACAAACCUGAUUAUCAGUUUGACCCAUCACUGGGGUCCAUGAUCCUCGAACAGGUGUGUGGGGAGAUUUGCACCGUUCUGGGGCUCGACGGCGAGCAUAAUAUGGCGGAAGACGAGAUAGGAAUGGCUUAUCGGGCAUAUAGCAUCUUCUGGCCUUUGGUCGUCUUGCUGUUCUCUUCUUUGGCGGGUGAGGAAAAGAGGGCAUGGGUCCAAGAAAAGCUGCGAUUGAUCGGCGAGAUAAGUGGGCUCGGCCUAGCAACAUUUGCCGCUGGAAGUCAUAACACGUUCCGUCCAGCUUAA